GCCUGGCGGCGGGUGGCGGCCAAGAUAAAAGAACGAAUCAUUUCAUAAACGGAUUCGGUUCAAUUCGUUCACUAAAAGGAUUCGUUCUUCUGAACGAAACGUUCGUGAACGAAACAAUACUACAAGAUGCACUUUAUACGAGAGGAGGUGCCUUUGAACUACACAACGCUCAUAACUGGUGUGGAGCUCUACUAUAAUGUCCUCCCCAAGCGCAAAUAAUUUGCAUAGCUAUUGAAGAAAGUCACUACUAUGGUUGUCAAUGUUACUUUGUUUUUCCUUAUUGUUAGUGGUUUGGAUGCGAAGUUAGUGACAGUGAACGAUAUUUUACUGCAGUUAAAUAAAACGGAGGGAGGAGCGCCCAAAACUCACAACAAAAGAAAAUGAUGAAGAAGAAGCAGAAAAAGAAAAAUGGGCGGAGGGAAGAGGAGGCGAAGAAAGCGAAGGCAACAUAUGAACCAAUGAGAAGGCUGAUAGAAGACGCUCAACCAAUUAGCUGGCGAGAUAGUGGUCUCCCUGUCGGGUCUACCCCGGCGAUGUAUUUUUGGCGGCUGCGUGGAAAACAUGGCGGAAAUUUCGAAAGAUUGCAGCGUGCCCAGCAAGAUGUCAUGGGAUGGGCUUGAAGCCUUGUGUCGCACAGCGGGGCUUCACUGUCAAGAGUUGGGGAUAACCAAAGCCAACGUCAAUGAAUAUGAGGUGGAGUUCCUCUGUGACUACAAAAAGACGAAGGAAGAAGAAUUUUACCUGGUGAAAUGGACGGGCUUUCCAGAGUCGGUCAACAGCUGGGAGCCCAAGAGGCACCUCAAAUGCCCCAAACUGAUGAAGCAGUUCCAUCUGGACCUGGAUCAGGAGCUGAGGCGCCAGAAAAGACGUUGCAUCCCUAAAAAGCUGGAUAAGGAAACCUCAACAUUCAUAGUUCAGAAAGCUAGACUCCGUCAGAGACUGAAGAGCUGGCAGGCCCAGUUGAACCUGACCUGCAACCAUCCUGGUCGCAUCUUUGUCAUUAACGAUGUCGACCUUGAGGGUCCACCAAAGAACUUCACAUACAUCAACCACUACAAAGCAGGUCCUGGCAUCAUUUUUGAUGAAAUGGCUGUGGGCUGUGAGUGCAAAAACUGUUUAGAGGAGCCGGUAAACGGUUGCUGUCCUGGCGCAUCGUUACAUCGAAUAGCUUACAAUGAACAUGGCCAGGUCCGGAUCAGGCCAGGACAGCCCAUAUACGAGUGUAACUCUCAGUGUCUCUGUAGCCCAGACUGCCCUAAUAGAGUGGUGCAAAAAGGCAUUCAGUUUGACCUGAGUAUCUUCAAGACGGACAAUGGUCGGGGAUGGGGAGUCCGCACGCUGCAGCAUAUAAGGAAGAACACAUUUGUCAUGGAGUAUGUGGGAGAGAUCAUCACGACAGAUGAAGCAGAGAAACGAGGUCACAUAUAUGACCGCGAAGGCUCUACUUACCUAUUUGACCUGGACUAUGUGGAGGAUGUAUACACAGUGGAUGCUGCUCACCAAGGCAACAUUUCUCACUUUGUCAACCACAGUUGUAACCCAAACCUGCAAGUAUUCAAUGUUUUUGUUGAAAACAUUGAUGAGAGGCUCCCAAGAAUUGCUUUAUUUUCAACACGUGGCAUUCGGACAGGAGAGGAGCUCACCUUUGACUACAAAAUGCAAAUUGAUCCAGUUGACACAGAAAGCUCCAAGAUGGAUUCCAGUUUUACUUUAGCAGGUGUCUCCAGUUCUCCAAAGAAGAGGAUUCGAGUGGAGUGCCGGUGUGGAUCGGACUCGUGCAGAAAAUACCUGUUCUAAUAAAGGACUGGUGUUGCUUAAACAAAUACAACUGUCUGUAAAAGAAAAAUGUGGAACAUUGUACAUAUUUGUAUUUUUCCUGAAAGCUCUUUAAACAUUCAGCUCUUUCAACAUAGCUGACGUUCAAACACAACCGGGCAUAAACUCUUUGGUUUCCAACUUAUCAGAAAUGAUGGUUUAAUGACAAUGGCUUUUUGACCAUGUUUAAUUUUUAAGGGGUUUUAAGAUGGUCAAACAUUAUGCCAAAGUUCACAGUGUUCAUGUUAACGUUGCACUUGCUGCAAGUCACCUGUCUGUCAGAUUUGAUCCAAUGGUUUUCUUGCUUGUGGAAUGCCUUUUAAAUGAGAUGUGUCCACUCAGCUUUCCUCUUAUUUCCUGGCACAGCCAGUUUUGGUGUUCUCUCAGUAUUGUGUCAGACCCUGUGAAAACUACUUGAGCUGACUUCAUUUUGUCAGUACAGGGUGGAUUCAUACUGUGACUAUGGUGCAGUAAAAUAUCUUUUUGUAUCUUUACAUUUUUUGGGGUUAAAUGGCGGCACGGUGGAUGACUUGUUAGAGUGUCUGCAUCACAGUUCUGAGGACCGGGGUUCAAUCCCUGGCUGUGUGGAGUUUGCAUGUUCUCCCCAUACCUGUGUGGGUUUUCCCUGGGCACUCUGGUUUC